GACCUUCAUCAGUGUCAUCUAUCGUAUUUGCAUUUAGGGGGAUGGUGAUGCCCUAGUCUACUGCAUCGCGGCCUAGCCCUAUUGCUCUGAUUUUAUUUUUCCCCUUUGGCAUGACCCUACUACAUUGCUCUCGCAGAAACUUGAACCGACAGUUUCGGCGUGCGAGGCUACUUGCAAGCAACAAAGACGUCAGGGCCUACCGUCGUUUCUGCUUAUGCUGAUGGGUAACUGCCGUGGACGUUUUGGCAGCGAUCGAGUGAAAGCAAUCAUGUGGGCUAGAGCAGUCAGCUGCUGAUAAACAGCGCACUCUUGUUGUAUGCCAACCUUCAAGGGCUACCAUAAAUGCACAGCAGAAACAAGAAAAGUAUGGACGUAGCACUAGGCAGGGCAUUGGCUAUUGGCGCCCAACUGCGAGGAAGAAAUGUUGUGUUAAGGGGGAGUGGAAAAAGGCAUAAAAGAUGCACAAGCGCUACAGGACAAAAAUGACUCUUCAAUAACCAUGACAUUCUUAGGACACAUUUGCAGUGGCAGAAUUGGGAGGAGUCCCACUGAGAGAAGGUCAUGGAAGAGGAGGCCAGCUCGGACUCGCUGGCCACAAGCGAGGAAUACGAGCUGGUCUGCCCAGAAGCACCUCGGCUGAGUAUAGCUGGCAAUGGCAGCCAGGAUCAACUGCAGAGUCACUUGGGAGAGCUGCUAGCUGAAGGGUCUUCUCUCCAAAAGGAUUCAGCCCAUAGUAGUGACGAAAAGGGUGGAGACGGUGAAAUGAAGACCCCAUUCGAGAGUUCUCCAGAGGAAGCCAUGCCAGAGCCCAAGCCAAGGUCGUCAUCGCUAGAGUCUGGUUCCGAGGUGCUUGGUGGAGAGCAAGCCUUUGAGGAUGUGGCCUACCUGGGCUGUGCAGCGAUCAAUGCUCCACGAAGUGAGCUGGAGAUACAACGCAACAUGGCCAUCCUUAAUGAUCAGUCCUCGGAGCAGCACAUUCAGGUGGCGCUAGUAGUGCCCCCGGACUCGGAAGGUGUUGUCACGGUGUACGAGAAUAGCACACGCAGUGAAGUUGCCAGUUUCCCUGUCCAGCGAAUUUUAUUUUGUGCCAGAGGUGCCCUAGGCUCUGCUGAGCAGCACUGCUUUGCUUUCACCUGCUCACAUGGAAACAGUGCAGAAGAGGCCAUCUUCCAGUGCCAUGUCUUCCGUUGCACUAAAGGAGGACCCCCUGCUGUCCAUAGGGUGUUGCAGAGCUUUGCUGCAGCAUUUCGGAGAAUGCCACGGCAUCCUCCAGGCAGUGUGGGAGGCUCACCCCCACUCAGCUCUGUCAGCACUGGUGUCCCCAACAACGAGCAAGUGCACACCUUUGAGGCCACCCUGGAUGUGCGUGAGGAGGACACACGGGGCAACUUCUCAGCCUGUGCUCGAGAUAAAGACUGCUUCAAGUUUCGCUGCAACACAGAGAAAAUGGUACAAGUGACAAUUCAACAGACAGCUGUCACCCCAGAGCUUGGCAUUGAAAGGUGCUUUGGCAUGUUGGUUUGCCCUGGACGGCAUGUGAAGCACAGUGAUAUGCAACUUAUUGGAAUGGUAUCUAUGGCGAAGUCUACCGUGGGUGCAGAACCAACAGCCUACCAAAUCACAGGCAGAUGGAAUCCCCAGGAGUCAGCUUUUGAACUGCUUAACACGGAGACAUCACGAGACACUAGGGUGUACCUGACGGUGGCUGUGGAUUUGGUGGUGACUGGUGUGCAUGAGCCGGUUCGUUUUGUCUUUGAGACAAAAGCCAAGAUCUACCCCCAGUCAGAGAAGUUCUGGUAUUUUGGACGGAAACCAUUCCACGAAGAGUUCUUUCUGCGACUGAGAGAAGUGGAUCCAGAGGAAGCUCGCCAAGGCCAUCGCUGGGAGGUUCUCGGUGUAAGUAGUGGAAGCCAGAUCCGUCGCAAAGCAGCCCUGUCCCUUGCCUUGGAUCAACACAGUCCUGGCCAGGAGCCGUCUCCUGAAUCUGCAGCAGGAGACAUAGAUUCUGAUGUUGAUGAGCCACUGUUGAGUGGCACAGGUGAAGUAAGCAAGGACUGCUCAGCCGGCGAGCUGGAGGGAUGGGCCCAAGUGCUGAGUCGGUGGCGACAAGCAGGCCUGGAGGCAGGGCCUCCCAAGGCCUUGGGACCUCUUGUGCGGGCAGCAGGCAUCCCAGAGGCGCUGCGAGGAGAGGUCUGGCAGCUGCUGGCAGGUGCUGCCCAGGAUCCCCAGGCCGCUCAGGCCUACCGGCUGCUGCUGGCACGCGACUGCCCUUGCGAAGGUGUCAUUCAGCGUGACCUGCACCGCACUUUUCCUGCACAUGAAUUCUUCCGUGAUGCAGCUGGUCAAGAUGCUCUCUACAAGAUUUGCAAGGCAUAUGCUGUUAAGGACCCUGAGGUGGGCUACUGUCAAGGGCUCUCCUUCCUUGCUGCUGCCCUGCUACUUCACAUGCCAGAAGAGCAAGCUUUUGGUGUUUUCUGCAAGGUUAUGUCCGAGUAUGGCCUCCGAGACCUCUUCCGUAAUUCCUUUGAGUGCCUCCAUCUCAAGCUCUUCCAACUAGAACGACUUAUGGAGGACCAGCUUCCACAGCUGUAUGCUCACUUUGUGGACCUUGGAGUGGAAGCACACAUGUUUGGUUCCCAGUGGUUCCUAACACUGUUUACAGCCAAGUUUCCAUUGCACGUAGUCUUCUUCAUCUUGGACUUAUUUCUACUCGAUGGCACAGACACAUUGUUCCAAGUUGCAGUUGCGCUCCUGACGCUGUCAUGCCGGGAUCUACUGGCACUGGACUUUGAAGGUGUGCUGAAGCACUUUCGGGUGGCUGUCCCCAAAAAGUAUCGUUCUGAAGAGGCUGCGAGGUUGCUUCUCAAGACAGCCGUUGGCAUCAAGGUGAAAAAGUUGAAACGUUAUGAGCGUGAGUACCAACUGCACAAAGAGCAAGAACGUCAAAUGGAAGAUCCCGUGCAGGUGCUGCAGAAAGAAAAACAGCGCCUGAUGGAAAGCAACUUGCGCCUGGAACGGGAAAAUGAUGAAUUGGCGCACGAGUUGGUGACAAGCAAAAUCCAACUGCGCAAGGAUUUAGAUGCUGCUGAAGACAAGGCAGACCUCCUUGGGAAGGAACUGCAGACAGCUGCUGCUUCAUUGGCAGAGCUUGAAGAAGAGAAGCGCCGCUUGGACACUGAAGUAGGCCAGCUGAAGGAGAUGUGCCGACGUGAGCUACAAAGGGCCGAAACUGAAUCUGUGCGCAACACUGCCAUCCUGGCCGAGUACAAGCAGAUCUGUCGGCAGCUGAGCGAGCAGCUGGAGCGAGAGCAGCGGCGAGCCAAGGAGUCGCUGGCAGCGCUGCAGGCCAGUGCAUGCCCCAGCUGUGCAGCGCUGCUAGAGCGGGCCAUUGGAGAACAGGGCUGGCCGCAGUCGCAGCAGCCAUCAGGCGUUGACUGUGGCCGGCCCCAGGAAAGCGCACAGCUACGCCAGCUGGAGCUGGAGCUGGCGCAGACCAAGUUGGCCCUCGUCGAGGCUCAGUGCCACAAUCAGGACUUGACUCAUCAGCUGAGCUGUGCUUCAGCCGAGCUACAGGCAUCUAAGAGCACCUGGCUGCACAAAACCCUCUCUUCUAUUCGUGAGGUGGCCCGCAAGGAGUCUUCUGCUUCUGGGCUCACAAAAGAGCCCACGGUUCCCUGAUGGAGCGAGUCUCUUGUGGGCUCUUGACCCACGUCAGCAGAGGCUGUAUCUACAUCAACCAUAAGGACAGCCACUUGAUAAGACUGUAUCUGGGACAUUGGCCAGUGCACCAGUCUGCCCAUACCUGAAGAGCCCAAGGCCAGGCAGUGAAAUCUGACAGUGCCACAACAAACCGAUAGUUUUGCUUUUGGAAAGGCUCACUGCUGCCCCAGUCAACAACUCACGAAGGCUUUUGCUGAUGUUACCUCAAGCUGCUACUGCCAAAGGGUGUAGUUAAUAACUGUGGCAGCAACUUGGAAACUGACCACUGUAAUGGGAACAGAUGACAUUUUAAUUAUUGAAUUUGUCAAUUUUGAGGACUGCUAUAGUUGUGACAGCUUUCUUCAGUGACAUUUGGAGGCAGUGAGCACUGCAUCACUAGUCUUUUGAUCUUGGUCCAAAGCACUAGAGAAUGCGAAUGUAGUGCAUGUGAUAUGGGCAUCCUGAAGGUGUUUGUCCUUUCAUGGUUACCUCCUGCUGUGGGUGGUCUUAGAGACAUAAAGCACUGUGGAAUAAUUACUCAUCCUCCACUAAGGGCUGGCCAGUACAGCAGCUCUGGCGAUCUGACUCUCUGUAUGCACAGAAAUUCGACAACUUGCCUUCAACAACGUGCAGCUGCAGAUCUGAAGCAGUAGUCUGCUUGCUUUUGGCAGUAUGAACGUUCCCUCAACUCAAAUGAUGCCUACUAAACAAGGCUAAUCUGUGCUUUGUCCCUGUGACUUGCUAGUCUCACUGAUGUGACAUUCCAUUAGCUUGUUAGCUGUGACAGUCAGUCUUGCUAAACCUCCAGCACAACAAUGGCCCAAGUUAUGCACCAUUUCAACAAUGCAACAUUCCUGUGUCACAUGAUGCUUGAUGUGCAGUGGUUCUGUGACUGGAAGGCUUUAGGCUACCUGGACAAUGCCCGGUGUUUGGUAUGUUAUGUAAUGACAAAUGAAACUGUAAAAUUAAAAAGGCCUUUGGAUGUGACGGUCACAAAAGGUGUGAAAAGCUUCAAGCUAGUACCAUCUUUAAUGUAACUGCGCUCUACCUGAAAGCCUGUACUUUUUAUGAGUGAAUACCACAUGUAAUGGUUCCUGUCUUAACUAACAAACCAGUACCAAAAGUUGGCAGAGUUUCAACUCUGAUACUUUGCAUGAACAUUUUUAUGUACUGCCUUUUGUUUCUCUCCUAAUAGAAAGCUGUCUAUGGUCUUCGCAAAAUAUGCAUCAACCUUUUCCGUCAAGACAAUACUGAUGCAAGCUGCAUUGCUCAGUCUGUCAUAUGCCAUUGAAUGGUAUUGUACAGUAUUAAAGAGCUUUUUUUUUAUGUCAUCAAUGGCACACCAGGCAAUAAAAGCCCCAUACUUCAAGCAAUUCCUUUCAUGGGCACUGAAACUUGUGCACUGAGAUGCAAGGACUUCACUGUGAAUAGCACUCAGUGCCUCUUGUUGCCUUGUAACCUGUGCUUCUGGGAGUUGCAUAUCUAAACAUGUUAUCAAAAAAUUCUGGUGGGGAAACUCCUUUGCUAUUUGGGUUUUGACGUUUCAAAUGAUCUGUAGUGCAUUAUUGUACUUGAUUUCCAUAAGAUGCUAUGUUGUACAGAUCAACAUGAGGCACAAUAAUACUUGCUCCAGAUGUUCAAGAAAGCUAGAGGGCUUGUUUUCCCCAUCUGUUUGAUCAUGCAGUGCCCUUUAGGUGCAUCCAAGGUAUAUUCACAUUCAAGGUUGCAGUUUGUAAUUUCAUUUCCUAAAGCACUCACUUGUAUUAUCUGUUCACCCUUUAUUUACAUAUUUCAAAUAUGUAUUGGUAUUCAUAGCCAAUGAUUUGCAAUGCUUUUCUUUUGUGUGUCCUGUAAGCAUGAAAUCAGUUCAUGGGUCAGUGCCAGCCACCAGUUACUACUUAUCGGUGCAAUCUUGCCUGGUAGAUUGUUCUAGGCAGUGGUGGAAACACUGGAUGUUACUGUCAUUGAUUGCCUCUGUCUUUAUUAAGUUUUGGUACUUAUGUUAAUAGGUUAUGCACAGCAAAAGUUUUGUGCCGUCUCUCAUUUAAUGUCACCUCUAUCUGUGCUGCCUCAGAGGUGUUAAGCAUAGCUGCAUGAACUAACAGUCAGCUACAGAGCAGUGCUUUACAUUCACUGCUAAUGUUUAUAUAGGUUUGCCAGUUGUCUUCAGUGUGCACAUGGCAGUGUAAAUAUUUAUUAUUUAUUGUGCUUAUAUAGCUCAUCGUUUCUCAUGAUGGGGAAAGCAGAAAAAUGCAGAGAGCUGCCAAGGAUGACACAACAAAAAGACGGCAAGUGAGCAUUGCAAGGUGCAAGUGCUCAUUUAGAGCAAGACUCCCAUGCAUUCAUGGUAAAAUAUGUUUUGUAGCAGCAGGCGAUUUCCUGUGGAAUCAACAAGCAGUGUGAUCUGGUUAGUGACCGACUUCUGCUCUUAUCUACCCUGUGUUUGAUGCACCUGCAACUGCACAAUGUUUUUAUAUAAUUUUUGACGCAGAAUAUGUUCUACAUCUAAUUCAGAAAAAGAAGUUCACUUGCAUGGUGUAUGCAAGCUACCUUAAUUGUGAUGGCAAAAUGAAGGAAAUAAUUACCUCCAUUUUGUCAGGCAAAUGCAAGGUGUCAAAACAGCUUGAUGAUGGGAAGUUUCUGGCACACUUGCGUACCUAGGCUUAGGUAUUCACACUUCCUUAUUGAAGCUAGCACUUGUAUUAAAGGCUGCAGGCUAUAAGCUGCAACUUCAAGUCUACCACUGAUGCAAGUAUGUGAACAACAAACCUUUUCAGGGAGCCCAAGUGUCAUUAAAGUUGCAUUAAUUAUACGUGGAAAUGGUGCACUCUGCAUUGAAAAAUUUCAAUUGCUUAGACAUAAAAAUGCUGCUUCCUCCCACUCCAAGAACAAAAUCUCAAAGGUCCAUGUUUUCCAAGGGACUGUAUUGCACAGUAUGUCUGGUGGUUAAAUCCGAUGCUCUGCUACAGGUUUUACUGGAGAUACCCGAGAGUUGAAUGUUCUUGCUGUUCUAUUCCACAGUUAACAUUGGUUUGUCAGCCCAUGUCUUCAUAACUAGUUUGGCCCUUGUUACCUAACGUGUUUAGCUCUGACCAAUUUUUACAACAGGUGUGAGAAGAAAGAGUAGGCAGGACAUGUCCUGCAUUCAGUGCUACAGUCCCACUGUCCCAGCAGCUGUGUGUUUUGUCCCAUUUUUGUGUCCCAGGCAACACCAAUGUUUCAUUAGCAAUGUUGUCCUGUGGCCGCAGUUCUCCUUGACAUAAGCAAUGACACUGCAACACUGACACAACAAAAGAUUGUUCCGCUGCAUCACGAAUAGCACUCCUUGAAUGGAUUUGAUGGUUUGGUUUCAGGAGUCUAGAGACCAUAUACAUCUGCCUGUCUACGACCCAAAAAAUUAGAUGAAGCCUGUGCUUUGCCAGAUAGACCUGUGAUCAGUGUCAAAAAGCAGAGAGCAACACAGUAUGCUCGCCGUACAUCGGAAAUAAAUCCAGCACUUUUUACACAA